AGAGAGGGAUAUACACUUUCUUGUCCACAGUGGCAGGCAGAUGUAGAGAGAGCAAGCAGGAUCGAGAGAGGGACAGAUGAGAGUAACGCAGCAGGAGGAGUGGGAGUGUGAACACAUCCGUCUGCAUGAGGAGAGAAGACCUUUGAUGAGCUGCAGACCCAACCAUCAGUUGCUGACUUUCUGCUUUCAACAUGAAAAAAAAAAUCUUCAGCUUUUGGCCAUAGUAAAUAUUAUAUAUGGUGUUGAAACCACAAACAUGCCAUGGACUUUACUACUUUACUACUUACUACUACAAAGUAUAUGGAUUUGCUGUACCUACUUUCACGUUAAUUAAGUGAUGGUUCUGGUCUGAAUUUCUCAUAAUAAUCCAAAUGUCCUCAAGUGUGGGAACAAUGUUGGGAGGAAGAAAACUGCUACAUAUUAAGGAACAUCUAAUGUCCACACAAAGUUAAAGUAGUGAACCAGAUUAUGGAGUUCUUUUUUAUUUUUCUGAGGGAACGAUAUGAAAUGAUUCUUUGGACUGCACCAUGUGGACACUCCUGGCUACCCUGCACUGUAAAAAGGACUGCAAACCUGUGUGUUUGAGUGUAUUUGUGGCUGUGUUUGUGUAUGCCCAUGGUGGUAUGACACAGUGGAGGUGAGAGGGGAAGACAUUUCCAGGCCAUUUUUUCUUUACAAUGAGAGUUCCAGCCGGUGUGGCUGCAGUUUCCUGUCUUUGUCCUCUGGUGGUCUUCCUAUGUGUUGUCUCCCAGUGUUGUUAUGGGACCCGGGUCAAUUUGAGCCCUCACAUUAACCCUAACCCCAGCCUGUACCCUAACCCGAGGCUCAAAUCAUUGCCUGAACCAACCCCAAUCCCAAGCAAAAGUCCUGACAAACAUAAGACUCCACUGAAGCCCAGCCAGCUCUCAAGUUCUAGCCAGAACCUCUGGAGCAAGUUUCAGUUAAAGCCAAGUCUUGAUACUGUGUCCUAUGUUACAGACAACCACAGGACCAACAUAAACUUUCCAGCGGCAAUCUCCCAGGCGACAUCAAGCUCAAACACUAGACUCAAACAGAGUUCUAAUUCAAGGCAAGAGUCGGCAUACAAAUCAACUUCUCAGCAGUUGGCAAGAAACACCCUAAAAAGCCCCAAGCAAUCUUCAAAAUUCAACCCCAAAACCAAUUCAAAACCAAGGGUUGGAUCUCUGUUGCAGCCAAAGCCCAAGUCAGUUCCCAACUUUCAGGUAGUGCCCGGACCUAAAACCAAUCCUGAGUCAGUCCCCAACACUAAAUUGCCUUCACUAUCCAGUCCUAAUCAAAGGUCCAACUCAUCUGGUACUAUGAACCCUAGCAGAAACUAUAAUGCCAGUCCAGCCUCUCUAUCCAAUCCCAAAUCCCAUUCCAAACUUAAACCUUCCUCGCAAACAAAUACAAAUGCCAAAUCUGACUCGAAGAUCUCCAACCCAAACUCCAGAACAUCCAUCAGAGCACAGAGGAACCAGACCAAGUUGUUGGACACAGACAAGGAUUCUCACUAUCGGCCCAAGAGAGGCUGGAUCUGGAACCAGUUCUUUGUUCUGGAGGAACACAUCGGGCCUGAAUCUCAGUACGUCGGAAAGCUCCAUUCCAACUCUGACAAGGGCAAUGGCUCUGUGCGAUACAUCCUGUCGGGUGAGGGAGCCGGGUCUGUCUUCAUCAUUAACGAGACUACGGGCGACAUCCACGCUGCCAAAAGCCUGGACCGUGAGAGGAAGUCCCAGUAUGUCCUACAUGCAAGGGCCAUUGACCGGCAGACAAACCGUUCACUGGAGGCAGAGUCAGAGUUCAUCAUCAAGGUCCAGGAUGUCAAUGACAAUGCUCCAACAUUCCCUGAUGGACCCUUCUCUGCCACUGUGCCUGAGAUGUCUGAUGUUGGAAUGUCAGUUUUCCAGGUGACAGCCUCAGAUGCAGAUGACCCGACCUACGGGAAAAGUGCCAAGAUAGUUUACAGCAUCCUGGCUGGACAGCCGUACUUUUCUGUUGACCCCAAGACAGGUAUCAUCCGUACAGCCAUGUCCAACAUGGACCGUGAGACAAGGGAUCACUACGCUGUGGUGAUCCAGGCCAAAGACAUGGCGGGCUCGGUCGGAGGACUGUCUGGAUCCACUACUGUCAACAUCACCCUCGCUGACGUCAAUGACAACCCUCCAAAGUUUCUGCAGAAGAGUUACCAGCUGUAUGUACCAGAGCUGGCUCCAGUUGGGAAGGCAGUGGGUCGGAUCAGAGCCAACGAUGAGGACGAAGGGCAGAAUGCUGAGAUGACCUACAGCAUCACUAAUGCAGAUGCAGCUGCCAUCUUCACCAUCACCACUGAUGCUGACCGCAGGGAGGGAAUCAUCUCCCUCAAGCAGCCCCUGAACUAUGAGAAGAGAAAAGUGCACACACUUAACAUCGAAGGCUCCAACACUCACCCAGACUUCCGCUUCUCCCACCUGGGACCAUUUAGGGAUUCUACAUCACUGCGAGUGAUUGUGGGGGAUGUAGAUGAGCCUCCUGUCUUCUCCAUGGACUACUACAUUAUGGAUGUGUACGAAAACUCACCUGCUGGCACCCAGGUUGGCACUGUAACUGCCGUGGACCCUGAUAGCACCAACAGCGCUAUCAGGUACUUCAUAGAAAAUGGAGAGGAAAGACCUUUGUAUUUCACCAUUGGGGUGAACAGUGGCAUCAUCAGGACUACUGAGGUUCUCGACCGAGAACAAACAGCAUGGCAUAACAUCACUGUGAUGGCUGCAGAAGUUGAUAACCCACGUAUGGUGAUUCAUGUCCCAGUCACAAUCCAGGUCCUGGAUGUCAAUGACAACAUUCCAUCCAUCUCUGGGGGCAACAAUGCCAUCAUAGUGUGUACGAGCACCAAAAAUGGACAGGUGAUUCAAACCAUCCGAGCAGCAGAUCUGGACAACUUUGCAAAUGGAAAGUUCUCCUUCUUUGUGCCUGCUGAGCAUCAAGUUACUGCAAAUUUUACAGUGAAAGACAAUGGAGACAACACUGCCAGUAUAGUAUCUCGCCGCCAUGAAGGCUUCAGCCAGGACAGAGACCCAGAGUUCUUCAGCCUGGUGGUCGUGGUGGCUGAUGGUGGGGAGCCUCCUCUAAGCAGCACUGCCACACUCUCCCUAAGGGUGUGUGUGUGUCAGAGGAACACCAGGGGGCGCAGCAGCAACAACAUCUGUCAGGCCCAGGCCUUCCUGUCCUCAGCUGGUCUCAGCACUGGGGCUUUUGUGGCUAUACUGCUGUGUAUCGUUAUAUUAUUAGCCAUAGUGAUUCUGUUCACGCAGCUACGAAAUAAAAAAGCAAGCAAAGAGCCCUUGAUUCUCUCUGAAGAGGACAUCAGAGAAAACGUGGUUACCUAUGACGAUGAGGGAGGCGGGGAGGAGGACACUGAGGCCUUUGACAUUGCUGCACUUCGAAAUCCCAAAGGCUCCGAGCCUCGCAGGAAGUUCCGCACCUACCUUGGCCAUGGACCAAGCCUAUGCAGUGAAGAGGACGAGGUCGAGGAUAAUGAAGAGGGGACGACGGUGGUGAGUAGUAGGAAUGCUCAGCAGGUAGAUUACGGGAACUACAGCCCAGAGUCUGAACCUGCCUGGUUUAUCAUUGACUGCAUUCCUCAAGAGAUCAGCCAGUCGGCGCCCUCGCUCCUGCUGGAUGGUCAUGACAUAAUUCAGCAGAUUAUCCAGCAGAAGGUGGCUGAAGCAGACUCUGACACACGGGGUCCACCUUAUGAUUCACUUCAGACAUACGCCUAUGAAGGCCUUGGGUCCUUGGCCGGGUCAGUCAGCUCUUUGGGCCUAACUGCUGCAGUGCCAGAACUAAACUAUGCUGACUUGGAAGACUGGAAAGCAGAGAUGCAAACACUGGAACAAACUGUUGGAGAGUAGCUGGCUUCAGGCCAAGCUAACCCCAGAAACCUAAAGAUUUCCGUCCAAAAGUUCUUUUUUUGUUUACUUUUGGCCAGAUUUGCUCAAGUAAAUUACUUUUUUCUCGUGUCAUUUAAACCGGCGUGCAAGGAUGCAAAACUGCUGCUGCAAAAAGUUGGCAUUUAGGAACUGCAAUAUGUGAAAUCAGUGGAUAAGCCAUUUCUAUCUAACAGGAGAAAAGAACACACACUGGCUGAAGGGAAACCAGGGGGAAAACAUCCUAGAUUGAGUGCUGCAAUGAGGGACAGUAUGCAAAAUGACAGAGGGCAGGUGUUUUAAAAUGAAAAGGUCAAUUUGCAUAUAGUUUCUUCCCUCUGCUCUGCUUGUUAGGUGAGUUAGUGGUAAAAAUAAGGCUAGUGUUGAGCCAAAAGGAUUCUGGUCUUGAUCUUCACAGUCACUGAAACUCCAGUCAUUUAAAAACCCUUGCACAGCUACCCUGGAGAUGAAUAACUAAGUGGCUUGGAGCACAAUGACCCAGGGUUCGGGGAUCAGGUCACCAGUCAUUCACUGGCUUGAACAAUGGGAACAUGGUGUUUUAUUGAUUUGUUAUUAACCAUGAUAAAGGCUGACUGUGAUAUAAGUGGUAUCUAUGAAAAAAGAUAUAGAGAAAGCUGAUGGUCCUACUGGAAGGCACACAGGAUGCAGAUUUUCUAAAGGCGGAAGAAAACUACAGGCCCUUUGCCUGAAAAUUAUUGAAUAUUUAUUAUUUACUAAUUCUUUAAAGUCAAAAUUUAAAUCUAAUUCAAAAUUACUCUAAAUACAAUAUGUUUGCAUGCACAUAGAGGCAGGACCCUGAAGCAUCACCUUCCCAGGUGUGGAUUAGUGAAGGUUAGCUAAUCCAAGUUCCAGUUACAUUAUCAUGGUCUGAGCCUGAUACUAAACCAAACUCCCGAGAAUGUAAGGUGAUUCCUCCCAGUCAUUUUUCCUCUGCAGGAACUUAACAACCAAUAACCUAAGCUAUUAUCAAUGGUUACUAUAUUUGUUCUUCACAAUUUGAACAAAGCUUUUGACACUAUCUUAACUGGUUUCAAUCUUAUAUCGACAAAAGGAAAUUUGCCAUUGGCUUCAGAGAUUGUGUUUCACAAACCUAUUGUAUAUCUUGUGGGGUUGCACAGAGCAGUUGUCUCAGCCCACCACUCUUCUCACUAUACAUGCAUUCGCUGGGUGAUAUCAUCAAGCAACAUAACAUGAAUUAUCACAGCUAUGCUAAAAAUACUCUACUAUACAUUUCAGUCGAACCUAAUGACCCUAUGGGUUUGUCCUCACAUACAAUCUGCUUAUCUACCAUUCAUUUUUGAUUAAUAUUUUUUUUAAAGCUCAAUGAAGACAAAAUGAAAGGUCUCUUACUUGCCCUCAAAAUCAAGUGGAACAUACUGUCUCUCAUCUCAUACUACUAUGUAGUCUGUCAACUCUGAUGUAAACUGUGUUUAGGAAACAUUUUUUAACAAUGCCUGAAAACUGAUUAAAUUAAAAUGUUGUACCUUAUUAUUCACCCUCAAAAACAUUCUAUUAACAGGCUCCAGCUAAUUCAAAACUCUGCCAAAAAAAUACUGACAGCAGUUAGAUUCAAGUUCUUCCUUAUGUUCCCCUGUAUUUUACAAAUUUGGACAUUUUAGAUAUAUGAAAUUGAAAAGGAACAGCAGGUCAGACUGGAAUCAUUUUUUACAUGCUGUUUCGAAGGCAAGUGAAAGUAAGUCAUUGUGGGACAGACAACUGAUAUUGUUAUUGAUUUUACAUAUGAACAUGAGAUACAAGUAUAGACUCCUACAGAAAACCAAACCAGCAUUUCACAGUUUUCAGUUUGCUCUGUUGCACACAUUUCAGCCCUGUCAACAGACAAGAACCUUGAUUUCCACAAAAUCCUAGAUUAUGUUCAUUCAAAUUUUUUCUGCAUUGUUUGGCUGUGAGUUGUAUCCCCACUUUUGAUAGACCCUGGGAAAUCCUUUGGGCCACCUUUUGGCUUCUAACCACUGACUCCAGCUCCCUCUGAAUAGCCUUCUCAUCCCAAAUAUUAAUGAGGGCCUUGACAUUUUGGUUUGUCCAACAAGUAUUAUAUAUUGUUCUUUUUUUUUUAAACUAUUGGCGAUACAGAUGCAGUAGUAACAUGUAGUAAAGAUGUUUAUGUGUUUGUUGUAGUCCUUUUAACAAUAAAUCUGCUUGACUAACCACUUUAAGUCAGUUCAAUUUUGUUUAUAUAGCCCCAUAUCACAAAUCACUCAUCCCCAAAACAGGCAGACAACAAUAAACAGAACCCAUGGCAAUGGCUACACAUUACAUUUUUAAUUAAAUUAAGUUCCUGCAGUGUAAAAGGGCUAAUUGUCAGUGGUCCCAGUUCCAGUCCACAUCUGUGAAACAAAUGCUAGUUAUCAAUUCUUCUGAGCUGUGACAAAGAUGCAGUGGAAAGUAUAUUGAGACCCCCCCCCCGCCCCGCGUCUUUUCUGUCUCACUCUCCUGGAAACAUUGCUGAUUUCUGUAAAUAUAUGGAAAUUUUUAUUUCAGUAUUCAUUUUUUCACUGGACUGAAAUCUGCGAAAGAACUGUAUCUUCUCGGAUCCUUUCAGAGUGGAAAUGAAUGAAUAAGUCAACAGAAGAAUAAUAAGGAAGAUGGAAGAAAUUAAGCCUAUUUUCCAUGGUGUAUAUUUUUAUUGAUGAAUAAAAAGACCAGUGGUUUCAGAAAAGCAGUUUGAUUAUGUGCUUAAAUUAGUUUUUGAUCCAUAUGUGCAAAACUUGACAAAUGCCAAAUUUUUUACUUAUUUUUCUAUUAUUAUGUCUGGUGCAGCAGAUAGCCCAUUUGAGAUUCUCAUUACGUGCUGUGAUAAAUAUGUCUUUUCUUGACAUGCCAUCUGACCCUACACUGUCUGUUAAAAACCCCCGCUCUCUCUUUCUCUUUAUUUUCCAGUGCUCUAACUGAUUAACAGAGAAAUAAAUAACCUCACGCAAAGACCAUGAAACGUUUUUAAUUGGGGCCUCAGCAGUAUUCUAUGUGUAAUCAUUGGCUUCAGAUGCCUCAGAGUGCAGCUUUUACAACCAUCAAGGGAUUUAUAAAUCUGCCUUGGUAACAGUGUGCCUGUUGGUGAACCUACAAACCGCAUCCCUAGAGGCCCAAUAGGGGCCAUAAAUAAAUCACCAUUAAAGUCUUUUGUAAAGCUUUCCCAAUGAUUAAUACAGUCUCUAUUAAAGGGUUGUUAUUUUGAAUUAGCUGAGUUUUUUGACAUGGAGAUAUUCAGCCUCUUUACAUUAUAUUGUGGUCCAUGUAAAGCAUGAAAAAUGAUUGUGUCAGCUCAUCAUUAAUUUGCCUUUACGCAGCAUGUUCUUUUAUUUCAUGUUUAGAGGAGAAUGCUUUGGUCGCCUAUUCUAAGGUGUUUGCUAAUUACCAAUUUCUUGGAUAAAGGCAAGAAAGAUGGAGUGGAAGAAGAACACAAGAUCAUUUUUAAAAAAGCUCUGGGGUCAUGCAACAAAUUAUAAGCACUGUCCCUGCUUGUGCUGCUUGUUUAUUCAAGAAAUAAUUAGGGAGGUUGGUGUACUUACUGUCUUUGAAAACAAGAUUGACCUCAACACCAGUCAGUGUGGAUGGUUUAAUAGUAAGGCUGAAAAUAUAAAUAAUUAAAGACAAAUGUAAUUGAGGUACUGAGUGUAGACAUCAUUUAAAGGGCUGCUCACGGUAAACUGAAACUACAAGCUCUGUAAACAGAGCUGUGACUGAUGGGUUUUUCAAAGCCACUGUUCUUCUGCCAAAUAAAGCCACUAAUGGUUUUCAUCAACAGUUUCCAUAAUCAUGCCCAUCUCUAAUAGUUAUAUAUUACAGAAAGUAACAAAGGCACAAACAACAGCUACUAUGACAUCCUAAACAUACAAAUGAAUGUUUGAAUGAGUGUAUGCGUAAGUCAAGAAUUCACUUGUUUCUGUAUUCUACUGUUUUCUUGGGCCUGUAUCACAAAGUUCAACUGAGUCUGGCUCUCUCUGUGCUACCAGAGAGAUCCCAAUACAUUCCCUUUUCUGAUUGCUUCCUGAUCCUCAUUCUGGGUCCAUCAUAAAGGCAUUCGAGCUCCCUUAUUUCUGAUCACUAACAGACUAAGUAACUGUCUUCAUUCAUUAGAAAAAUCUUUCUUUUCCUGAUCUGUUAUUUCCUCUUUUAAUCUGUAUCACUGAUACUAUUACAGUUGGAGAGAUGAGGGGAGUCUGUUGUCUUUCCUCUCAUCUUUCCCUGCAUUUCUCCUCACGCCUUUAGUGGGAGGGACUAAGAUGCAAGGAAAAGACACAAGUGAGGAAAGCAUGAAUGCAAUUAAGGGAAAUGGGAAGUACCUCUGGUUUCACCAAACCUAACACUAGAAAUGCUAGAUAAGCAGUAUCAUUAAGCUGGUUAUCAAUUGGCUCUGUUAACUCUGGGUUUUCCUAUUCAGAUAAGAGAGGAGUAGUAUUUAAUAUGAGAGAAGGUGAAACCCCUGGGAAAACUAUGCUAUGGUGUAAAGAAAAAUAAAGGUUAAAGAUAUAUAGUUUAGUCACACAAAAACAAAAUAGGGAGGAAUAGAAAAAGUAUAAGAAAUAUGUAAAUAUUAAAGGGGAACUCUGUUGAUUCUACACGUCACACACACGGUACUAUAUGUAAAAAAGUUCUACAGUCUUUUGUGGUUCCAGAAAGAGCUGUGUGAAGGGUUGAGAAGAAGAAUGUUCGAAGAAGAAUGGAGUGGAAUAAAAAAGAUAA